UUUCUAAUCAGUCUGGCGUCAGUUUGGAGCCUGUGCACUUUUACUCUAAACACCAGAGCCAGGAAUGUGUCCCGGAGCCCGCAGGAUUGGGUGACCUAACAUGUUUUAGGGGAAUCCUGGGAUGUAACUGAGUCUAGGACGAGCAAACUUGCGAUCAUGGAAACCGUUGUGAUUGUCGCCAUUGGCGUGCUGGCUACCAUUUUUUUGGCCUCAUUUGUGGCCUUGGUUGUGGUCUGCAGACAACGUUACUGUCGGCCUCGAGAUCUGCUCCAGCAUUAUGACUCCAAACCAAUCGUGGACCUAAUUGGUGCUAUGGAGACCCAAUCAGAACCUUCUGAGUUAGAACUGGAUGAUGUCGUUAUCACCAACCCCCACAUCGAGGCCAUUCUAGAGAAUGAAGAUUGGAUCGAGGAUGCUUCGGGCCUCGUCUCUCAUUGCAUUGCUAUUUUGAAGAUUUGCCAUACUCUGACAGAAAAACUUGUUGCCAUGACAAUGGGUUCAGGGGCAAAGAUGAAGACUUCUGCCAGUGUCAGUGACAUCAUUGUAGUGGCUAAGCGGAUCAGUCCCAGAGUGGAUGAUGUUGUGAGAUCCAUGUACCCUCCGCUGGACCCUAAGCUUCUGGAUGCCCGCACAACUGCUCUCCUUCUGUCGGUCAGUCACCUGGUGCUGGUGACCAGGAACGCCUGCCACCUGACCGGCGGCCUGGAUUGGAUCGACCAGUCAUUGUCAGCAGCCGAGGAGCACUUGGAAGUGCUCCGGGAAGCAGCUUUGGCCUCGGAGCCGGAGAGGGGUCUCCCAGGUGCUGAGGGCUUCCUCCAGGAGCAGUCUGCCAUCUAGCUGUGGCUAGCUCACCACAGGGGGGCAGACUUCUGGCACGCCAGUGAAUCUUUAGUUUUUGGGUUUUUCUGUAGGAUUAGUUGGCUCCCUCAGCUCCCAAGUGAAGCUUUUGUGCAUUUGUGAGUAUGGCAGCAUGACCCACUGGCAGCUAUGGCUACCACUGGUGGCCAGUGGUAAUGUGGUGUAGAGAUCACAGUGUCUACACUGGCUGUCACUUUUAGGGUUUGAGCAUUUCCUCUUGGCCCCAUGCCCACACAUUGGGUACGCUGCUACAUCUGGAUUGUCCUAUCUUGGCAAUGGUCUGGGGGUUUGCAUAAUUAAGUAUUUCUUAGUUAAUGGAAUUUCAUUGAUAUGAGACAUAAUCCUGGAAAUUUGGAAGGCGGGGCUCCUUUCUCCAGAGAUGUGUUUGGCAAAUAACAAAAGAAGUUGGUAGGAAGGGGGUGGGUAGGUACUGUUCAAUCAAUGAGCUUUAGGGGGAUUCAGAAUUCAAGACCUUGAUGUCUCAAGGAUAUAUAAUGGAGUAUCAGUCAUAGCAAAGUGGCUUUGAGCCAGGAAAAACUGGUUGCAUCUCUGUCCCAUCUCUGAUAAGCUGAUGGGGUGGACAAGUCGCUUAAUGCCUGUGUCCUGGGCAACUGAACUAGAAAUCAAAAGCAAUUUCCAACCUGGGAGAGGGAAUUUCCUUGUAGAGAAUUCCUUAUACCCGUGAAAGAGGGAAGGAAAUAAGCAUUUAUUAAAUACCUACUAUGUACCCAUAACUCUGAUAAGUUUUAUACCAAUGAAAUGAUAGGUUCAGUUAAAAAAACUUAUUCAAAACCACUAAUUUAUCAGGAUAGACAAGUUGUUUGUUGUCAUGGGUGUGACCCAUUUUUGUCUGCUGUUCAGAUAUAAGGAGAGGAGUCUGUUCUCCCAGUCACCCUGAACAUAAGUCUUAAAGAUGUUGGUCCUGCUCAGAAAUUUAGAUGAAGGUAUAGAGGGCAGAGUCACAUCACCUCUGUAGUCCUCAAAUUCCUUCUCUGUAAUAUGAAAAUAAUUGGACUACAUUGGCCUCUAAGGUCCCUUCUGGCUCAGAAUCUAUUAUCCUGUAAUUCUCUUUGCCUUCCUGGGUCUCAGCUUUCCCAUCUGUAAAACGGGGAGGUGGCAGUAGAUGGCCUUUAUUUCCAGACUCAUAAUCUCAUCAGCUUUUUAGCCUUUCUGGCUAAUUUCCUUUCUCUUUAAGUUGAAAAGGCUAGAUCAGAUAGCCUGUGAGGUACUUUCCAAUUUUAAAUCUAUGAGAUACUGUUCUUUAGCAAUUGACACAAUGCAGGAACACUCAGGACACUUUCUCUUUCCUGAGAUCUGCUUGGCAAAUGACAAAGGAUCAUUGGGUAUGAUGAGUGAGGGUGGGUACUUUUCAGUCAUUGAGCCUUUGGGGACUCAGAAAUGAAACUGGAAAAUUUUGAUAUCUCAGUAUUUGUUGCCAUGUUAUGGGAGAGUCCACACUACCAGGUCUACUGAGAGCUGUUUUCUGCCCUCAGGGGGUAAAGAAGGUACUUCUUCAGCUCCCAAGUCACUGCUUGGGGGACAGAAUUGAUGCUGUACCAAAUACUACUAUUUAUUACAAGGAAGAUGAAAUCUAUCACUUUAAUGUUUAGCCCCUAAGUUGAGAUGUCACAACUAAGACCUGAUUCUGGAAGAUAAAGGCAAUUUUGAUGUCUUUUUCAACAUACCCAAAGGUCAUAGUGUUCUGGUGUUCUAGUUGGGAAAUCAUGUUUUUAGGUAGUGGGAACUUGUGGGUUGGUCCAUUGGUCCAUUGUUGAGACUGGGGAAUUUUUGGUUAAGAAGGGAGAAGGAGAAAGGGAAGAUCCUUUAUGGUCAUCUAUGUAAUAUAUAGCAAGUUACCCAGAUUUCUAUUGUAGAGCUAGAGGUCAGGGAAACAAGGCUGAAUUUCAGCAUAGAUAGAGUCAAGAGUUGUCUUCCAACCUUAAAUGGGACCCUUAUUAUCUUUUUUUUUUAAAAUUUAAUUUUAUUUAAUAAUAACUUUGUAUUGACAGAAUCCAUGCCAGGAUAAUUUUUACACAGCAUUAUCCCUUGCAAUCACUUAUGUUUCGUUUUUUUCCCCUCCCUCCCUCCUCCCCCCCCCCCAAGAUGGACCCUUAUUAUCUUGAGCUCCUAGGAUCCUCACUUCAGAGACAUUGAUUUCUGGCUUUCUGAAGCUCGGGAUAAGUGAAAUCAGCUUGUGGUAAUAAGGUCAGUCAGUCCUGAAAAAACUGAAAAGUUAGAUUGGAUGGUGGUUCCUUUCUAUCACUUCUCAAUUAGGUACUUAGAUCACCAUUCUUUUUUUUGGGUUCCCUCUCAGAAGAACAUCUAAACUCUCUUUAGCUAUAAUGUAAAUGAUGUGAUCGAAUGGUCCAAGGACAUCUUAUUUUCAUUUUAAAAGAGCUCAGCUCUUUAAACUAAGAAACUGAAGACCUGACCUGGAAUUUCAGUCUUUAGCCAAGUAAUGGGAGAACUUGGGGAGACCUUUCCAAUGAUCUAGAAAACACAUGACAUCACAAAUAUCAAACCCGCAGCCUCCAUAUGUGAGAUCCUGAGUGCCAACACAACCAAAUCCACAUUGACUCACAACUGGAAGGCCCCUAAUUUCUCCAUAUAUGUUGUACCUCACUGGCCAGAUGUGAUUCACUUGUGCUCCUUGCUGCUUUGUAGUUUUGCUUUUAUUUUAUGUGUUGAACAAAUAGAAAUCACUCAAUAAAAUGGAUGCUCAUAAA